CCCUGAGACAGUCCGUGUCUGUGCCUGUUUUCCUUCCUGUCCCGGUCCGGGUCUCUGAGGGCUCUGCAGUUAUGAAUGACAGCUUACGGUGACCCAUGCCACCCCUGUCCUAUGGACCAUGAACAUCGCAAACUAUCCCUUGGAUCACCCCCAUUCCAUGGUCCUCCACCCCGCCGAUUACACGCAGGACCUUUUACAAGAGGGGCCAUCCACAUCUCAGGAAUUAAAGCCAGAUCCAGAUGGUCGGGCAACUCAAGAGGAGGGCUGUCCUGUGUGUGGUGACAGGGUGUCAGGAUAUCACUAUGGUCUGCUCACCUGUGAGAGCUGUAAGGGUUUUUUUAAGCGCUCCGUGCAGAACAAGAAACGCUACACAUGUGCAGAGAGACAGAACUGUCCCAUGGACCUGGCUCAGAGGAAGCGAUGCCCUUUUUGUCGCUUUCAGAAAUGUCUAGCUGUUGGCAUGAAGAGAGAGGCUGUACGUGCAGACAGAAUGAGAGGUGGACGAAACAAGUUUGGGCCUCUAUAUCGGCGGGACAGGCAACAGAAACAGCAAAGAGGCACCUAUCAUCAUCAUCAAGCGAACAGUGACCCCUACAGGAUCAAACUUGAGGGACCACAGGCAUCUGUACUUGCUAUGCCUCAUGAUUUUCAUGUUCCCAACCCAUCCCCUGCUCCUCCUGGUUGUGACCAUUACCAACCACCUCAGCCCUUUCCUCCCAAUAUGAACCAAUCAGAGUUCCCAAUGCUGUUGGACUGCACCAUGCCCAGAGACCGGACACUGUCUGAUCCCACCCUUCAUUUUCACACACUGUACUAUCAAGGCUUCCACGGAUAUCCUCAUAAAAAAGUAGAGAUCCCGCUCAACUACAGCCCUGCUUCUGUAACGUGUCCUUCUCCAAUCUCGCCUUCUGUUCUUUCCACAUCUACACUAACACCCACUACUCCACUCACACCAACCUCGACUCCAAGUUCAAUGCCAACUCCAGCACAAAGCUUGACACCCACCUCAACUUCGACCCCAACUCCUAGUUCAUGUUUCCUGAACCAGCUCCUGCAAGCUGAGCCAGAUGAGAAGCAGUUCUGCAUGCGGGUUUUAGCAAGCCUCCAAAGAGAACAGGCCUGCAGAGGAAAACACGAUCGCCUCAACACCUUUAGCAUCAUGUGCAAAAUGGCAGACCAGACCUUGUUUGGAUUGGUGGAGUGGGCCCGCAACAGCAUGAUGUUUAAGGAACUUAAGGUGGAGGAUCAAAUGGUGCUCCUGCAGAGCUGCUGGAGUGAACUACUCGUCCUGGAUCAUCUUUGCAGGCAGGUGGCUUACGGGAAAGAUGGCAGCAUCUGUCUGAUUACUGGACAACAGAUUGAGGUAUCGACUAUUCUCAGCCAGGCUGGAGUGAUGCUCAGUAGUUUGGUGUCCAGAGCCCAGGACCUUGUAUCCAAGCUUAGGUCCCUUCAGUUGGACAGGGAGGAGUUUGUAUGUCUCAAAUAUCUGGUUCUCUUUAACCCAGAUGUAAAAUCAGUGCAGGAUCGUAGGCAGGUAGAACAGACUCAAGAGCGUGUAAACAGAGCUCUGAUGGACCACACUAUGCAGACCCACCCAGGUCACUCGGACAAGUUUGGGCAGUUGCUGCUCCGUCUACCAGAAAUGCGCAGCAUCAGUCUGCAGGUGGAGGAGUACCUGUAUCAGCGCCACCUGCUGGGAGAUUUACCUUGUAACUCACUUCUAACUGAAAUGCUCCAUGCAAAGAACACCUAAGACUCAGUCAUAGCAAAGUCUGCCUUCUCAAAUGCUCUUGUAAACCUUUGUUUGAUACCUGUAUUUGGACACUGGAUUUGUGGAACAAAAGGUUUAUAAUAUGUUAAAACAACCUCAAUUUUCAGCUUUGGGCAAUAUCAAAUACCAGUUUUUCCACUGGCUGGAACUACCUACCAGUCUAAAUAAUAGGAACAAUGGCUACUUUCAGGUAUUUAUGUUUAUGGUGUGUGAAGGCACACACCCCGACUUCUAUAUGCAGAAACUCUUAACUGUUCACUCUGUUCAAAAGCAUUUGCAGAAAUCACAUCUGGUCCAAAAAAAAAAAAAACAAACAAAAAAAGAAUAUACAAGAGUACAAACACUGCCACUUAUGUAGAUCUUUGUCUACUUCCCUAAAUCACAGACACGACACACAUUCUCAUUACAUAUUUUGCAGCAUUGUAAUCAAUACUGUUUCGCAGGGGUUUUAAAUUAAAGUGUCUGUAUAUUUG